AUGAAUAACCGCGAUGUACGCACCUUGCUUCCCCUGACACUGAAGCAGUUGAAUAGCGUAUCAACCAAUGGUGAAUCAAACUUCUCCAUAGACGGCGUUGACAUUAACACUGUUGCAAUUGUUGGACGAGUUGCUAGAAUGGAGAACAGAAUCACCCAGGCUGCGUUGAAUGUGUCAGAUGGUGUCAUGAACGUCAAGAAACUGAAGAAAUGGAAGCAGUCAGUCUACAUCUGCUACAGGCUGGGAAUGUAUGUUCGCCUACAUGGACACUUAAAAAGUUUCCAGGGGAAGCGAUCUGUGAAUGUUUUCUCAAUCAGGCCUGUCACUGACUUCAACGAGAUUGUACACCACUUUACCGAGUGUAUCUAUGUCCACAUGUACAACACUAAGUCACGGGGUGGCUCUGUUACUCAAGCUACUGCUACUGCUACUGCUAGGCCCCAAAUGCCGUAUUCAACAAUGCCAACCCCUGCAAAUCCAUACCAAACUGGUCCAUCUAAUCAGUUCCCAAACCAAUUCAAUGAUCCAAUGCACGGGGUAAAGCAGGCGGUCAUUAAUUACUUGAAUCAACCUAUGCACCUGUAAGUUCAUCCAAAAUCCCCAAAAGAUCCCUUUUUAUAUCAUUCAUACAGCUUUCAAUACUCUUGAUCAAACUUUAUAGUUAAGAAAGGAAUAAAAUCAACCACUAAAGCCUCCAAGAGCCAACUUUGGUUAAGUUGUAGCUAAAAAGCC